GUAAUAAGAAUAAAUCGAUUUGUCUAUUCGCAGCACCAGCAGCACAGGCGGUGUCAUUCCACCGACAAUGCUGCCACCUUUUAUGCAAAGUAUGCCAGGACUUCAUAACAAUAUGGGCGUGCCGCUGGUGGCACAUCAACCGGUGCCAGUGGUGGUGGCAGCUGGCGCAGCAGCUGGACAGCCCAAUGAGGAGGCCGUAGCUCGACGGCCGGCAGCACAGCCUGUUGAUGGUCCCAAUUUUCCCAAUAUACAGGAGGAGCCCGAGGUGCGCGACUGGCUGGAUAGUUUCUUUAGCUUAACACGAUUGGCCAUUUUUGUAACAGUUUUGUAUUUCAAUUCAUCGCCCAUGCGCUGCUUGAUGGUGGUGUUCAUCGCAAGCGUGAUUUAUCUCUACCACAUCGGCGUCUUGCGUCGUCGUCGUGAGCGAAAUAACAACAACAUCAAUCGAAAUAACAAUGCUGGCAAUAAUAUUGCCGCCUUUGCGGCUGUGCAACAAAUACAACGUAUGAUGGACGCAGCCGUUGAGCAAGACAAUAAUCCACAGGCAGUUGAUGCAGCUAUUGCUGCUGCUGAGCAGCCCAAUGCGGCACCUGCACCAGUACAAGCGCCAGCACAAGCACCUGCCGCUGAACCAAAUGAUGCUGCGCAGCCAGCAGCCAGCGCUGGUGGGGAUCAAGCCAUGGAUGCCGCUGCAGCUGCCGCUGAAGCUGUAGCCGUUGAGCCAGCGAAUGCCAAUACCUCUGUGAUUUCUAUUGUGCGCACCUUUGUCAUAACGUUCUUCACUUCGCUGUUGCCCGAGGCGCCGGCGCUGUAAAGUCGAACGUAUUACAUCUUUACUCUCUGUGGCCUCUUGGAUAUUUUCUCCAUUAUUUCCUUUUUGCACUUCCUCCCCUUUUCCUCUACAUUUAUAAAUGUUAUAAUUUAUGCAUACCUGAACUUUUGCAAUAUCUGUUU